GUCCGUGGCCAGCUCGCUUUCGCUUUCCGCGGGACCUACUCCGUAGAGGUCGUAGGUGUAGAGGAUGGCUCGUCUGCGGUUGGGCUAUACCAAAUCCCGUACCGGGUGCCUUCGAUGCAAGCAGCGAAGGGUCAAGUGCGAUGAAACCAAACCGUCAUGCAGAGCCUGUCUGAGACAUGGCAUCGAGUGCAGCCUUUCCACGCAGCCGCAGAGUGCCACUGCCUCCUCGCCAUCGACUUUAGGGCCCAGCGCAUCAGCCAGCCCGUCACCAGGCCCGCGCUCGGGAACAGGACGGCGGGGCAAGCCGCAGCCGGUCCUCCUCAAGCCAAAGUCCGAGCCGCAUCUUUCCCCGUCGGACGCGCCGGGAGAUCAUGACGCAGCGGUGGCGGCGCAACACGCGACAUCGCCCACAAAUGGGUCAGCAGUCGCACAGGCGACUUCGCCGUCGGUGCACUCGCCAGAUCCGUUCCCCUAUCUGACAAGGCUCGUCACCGGCCCGCCCGAGGAGGACACGGCCAACUGGGUGUUUGAUCUCGAGCUGCUCCACCACUUCACGUCGUCGGCAUUCCGGACGCUCAUGCUCAGCCCGACCAAGGAUGAGCAAACCGACUGGCUCUGGCAGAACGAGAUCCCCAAGCAGGGCUUCGUGCACGUCUACCUGCUGCACCAGAUCCUGGCCAUCUCGUCGUACCACCUCGCGCACCUGCAUCCGGAGAACCGCCAUGCCUACACGCUGCGCGCGUCGCAGCACCUGAACGCGGGCAUCCGCCGCAUGCGCACCGCGCUGAGCAACAUCACGCCGACCAACUGCCAUGCGCUCUUCACCGCGUCGGCGCUGCUCUUCAUCGGGUCGCUGGCCGCGUGGUCGACGAGCGGCACCAAGGCCGCCAACGGCCCGACGCUGGACGACCUCGUGGACGUGCUGAUCCUGGUCAAGGGGAUCGGCAGCGUGCUGGACUCGUCGCAGGAGCUGCUGCGGUCGGGCCCGCUGUCGGCGCUGUUCUUCCAGCAGGCCGGCGCCGAGCCGCAGGCGAACCCGGCGCUGGACCGCGUGGAGCUCGCCGUGGGCGACUUCCUGGUGGAGAUCGCCGAGACCGAGACCGACGACCGCGUGCGCGCCGUCAUCCACGGCGCCGCCUACCGCUUCGUGUCGGUCAUCCGCGACGCGCUGCACAAGGCGCCCAUCGCCGAGUACCGCGUGCUGCUGGCCUGGCCCAUCCACAUGUCGGACGGGCUGAUCCCGCUGCUGCGCCAGCGCAACCAGGCCGCCCUGGCCCUGCUGUCGUACUACUGUGUCGUGCUGCACUCGGCCGCCCUGCAGGGCUACUGGUUCAUGCAAGGCUGGGCGCCGGGCGUCAUCCGCGACAUUGCCGCCUCGGCCACCGGUCCCUUCAAGCGCCACUCGGCCUGGGCGCUUGGUUGGAUCGCCGGGCACAACAUGUGCAUGGGCUGACCGCUUUCGCGUUGGAGAACCCCCUGGGGUGAAGGUUUGGUGCUGACGCCGCGCAGCAUCCAGCACCUCCGCGGGACAGGUCAAUCUAGUGGUGUCGUUGUUCUUCCGAGGACAACCACGCUGCGGGAGCAUUUACAAGAUCAUUGCUCCCCUCAUCCUCCAGCAGCUACCUCCCCGAGUCUUCCCACCCACCCCGUACAUCUCUACGGCACCACUCUCCCGGGCCAAGGUCUUGCCCGGUCAACAUUAGGUGCUGCCGCACAGUUUAACAGGCAUCAUAGUGACCCGGGUCCAAACCUAACAUAUAUCACUAGCUACCUACAACGCAAGACAUUUUACUACCAGUAUCCA